UAAAAUCUUAAAAAAACAAAAACAAAAACUAUGCAGUAGUUGCCCACUGAUUCCAUGAGAAGGGCCAAACUUCAUGACACACAGCCUGGGUCUUGUCCCCUCGCAGAACGCCUUCUACCCCCAAUCCAAGACGACUUCUUUGCCAGCUGGGAAAAUUCAGUUCCAUUUUCACAGGCUUAGUUUAAAAUUUGCCUACCCGACCACACUGUUGUUUGUGCCCCACUGCAAUGCUGGCUCCACUCCUAUUGCGGCCUUUUCUGGGCACUCACCACUUUCACUAGGGAGGGGCUCCCUGUGAAGCCAAGACUCUUGAUUUUUCUGGCAGAGGACUGGGGGAGAGCUCAUCGAGCAAGGAAUAGACCAUCACAAGAUGCCAAAUCACUUCCAAGGUGUGGGGUCUGGGGGUGCGGGCCCCACCACCUUUCACCUCAUUACCAGAUGUCCAUCUUUGGCCACCCUGAAUGUGGGCUUGGAAUGUGAGAACUUCCAGAUGAUUUUGUGGAAUUAAUUAUUUAACCCUCCAUCUUCCAGCAUAAACAUUAAACCCUAGGAGAGUCACAUCAACUUAUGUGAGCCAUGUUAUUCCUGGUGUCUAUCAGGCCCCUAGAGAACAUUUAUGAAAUGAAUAGAAGCAAGGUAACAUUUCCCCCAGGAUCAAUACUUUUCACACACCACAGUUCAAACCUCAGCUCUGUCAUUUACUAGCUGAGUGACCUUGGGCCAGUCACUUGAUCUCUCCAUGCCUGUUUCCCAUGCAAAGUGGGGAUGAUAGUCGGGUUAUUACAAGAGCUAAAUUACUUAACAUUUGUAAAGCACUUAUAAUGCUUUACAUCCAGGCACUGGAUGUUAUGUGUUUGCCAAAUCAAAAUAGAGUUUAAGUAUGAACGAGUUGGUCUCUGUCCACUUUUCCAGUCUCAUUUCUCCCUGACUCGGGUCUCUGCCACCAGCUCAUCUGCAACCCUCCUUCAAGCCAGAGCUUCUGACGUCUCUAGAACUUUGCACAUGCUAUUCUCUGUGUGGAAGACCCACCUUGUUCACCAGUGAAACCCUAUUCAUCCUUCACAAUUCAGCUCACACUUCACUUCUAGAAGCUUCCCUGGGCUCUCAGAGACAGGUAGCCCCUCCCUCCUCCAGGCCCUCACUUCCCCCAACUUUCGUGCAUGUCUGAACUCCCCAUUGCACCAAAACCCCUUGAGAGCGAGGAUAGAUCUUACGCAUCUUGGUACUCCCGUGCCUUGCACAAAGAUGUUUGCUGAAUCGAUGAGUGGAUGGUGAAAUGUAUUAGUAAUCUUUUACCUGAACUACAUAAAUAAUGCAACGGAAUCAUAAUACAACAGAAUGACCCAUGGAAAUUGGCCACAGUUGACUGGAAGGCAAAUCAAGUCCAGGGGUGUAAUCAGCCAGCUGUAGUUUCUCCACCAACCAUGAGAGGAAAAUUCAGUUCUCAUUACAACACUACCGAUUUCUAACUUAUGGAUAAUAGUAGUAAAGCCUCAAAAGCUCCCCGGGAACAUUCUCAGGACCAGUGUUUACUGAACAGUCCUGCAUGCCCAGCUCUUAGCCAGACACUUGAUUCUGGCAUCAGACUGUGUCCUCACUCCCAGCCAUCCUUCAACUAGGGAUGGAGAAGCUUGGACUGGGACACAGAAGUAUUAUGAAAUAAGGUCAUGUCUCAACUGGCUGAUCAGAGCUGUGAGUUAUAGCUCAGGCUCUGCCCCAGUUGGGUGUGUGACCCAAGACAGGGCUGGAUCCAUUAUCAGUGAGGUUUCUCCUGACUUGGGGCAGUCUCUGAAUCUGAGACCCGACUGGGUUAAGGGAUGGGUGACAGAGAAGUGAAGCAAUGUCAUUAAAUGUCAACAAAAGGAGAGGGGCAGGCCACGAAUAGAAUCACUUUCCACUGCAGUGUCCCCCUAAGCCUCACCUCAGCAAUAAUAAUCAUAAUAAUAAUUGUGGACGAUAAAGAAAUGCAGGUGCCGAGAGGUCAAGGGGCUCAUCCAGUCAUCCAGGUCUCAUUUAUAGAGGCCAAUAACUAAGUCUCUCAGGAAUAUUUCAGUUUCCCAAUAGAGUCAGCUUUCUCCCCUACAGCUCACCUCUCCCACUUAAGCGCGGACACCUCCAGUCUGAGGUGCCAGGCCUGGACUCCCAGCCAGUUUUGGGCAUGUGAAAUGCCAUUGUUGCCAAUGGGUAAUCAAUGAGCCAUCUUAAACCAUCUGUCCUUUGUGGGGGAGGGGCUGGCGAAGCCUCUUCCAGAAUGGGCAUCUGGUGAGCAGAGAAACUGCUGGGGCAUUGGCUGUCACAAGAUACCCUCUUCCUGUGCCAUCUAUGGUCUUUUGGGAGGGGGUGCUGAAACCCACCAUCCAUGGUCUUAGUGCUCCCCCCACCCUCAGCAAGUAGGUGGUAGUGCCCUCAAAACAAACGUAUUCAUAUGCAUAUACAUACACGCACAUACAUGCGUAUGCACACAUACCCUGACACGCAUAAACCCAUACAUUCAGGCACACAUCUACACAUGCUCACGUAAGAGUCUCUCAGCUAAGCCAGGCUGUUGGAGCUGCGCCUUCCCCUUUGCUAUUAAAACUGCUGUGGAGGUGGUAGCAGGCCAGGAAAAGAGCUGGGGAGAAAUAAUGAGGGAAGGAAGCUAAAGAUGGGUUAGCUGAGCACGGGUACACGUGUAUGUAUAGGGCCCACGCACCUGGGAUGGGAGAGGAAAAGAGGGGCCAUUAGAAAGACAAGGGUGGAAAGAAACUGGGAGAAGAUGGAGACACACCCCCUCCUGUACCUCUCCUUCUUCCCUUCUUCCUUUCCUUCCUUUGCCCUAUGAUUUCAUUCAGGCCUGAGAAUGGCAGAACCUUGCUCAGGAGCCGGAGAAUGGACAACUCUCCAGGACUAUGGUGCCCUCUCCUCCACCCCAUUUACAAAAGUAAGGGAGCAGGGCCCCCGUCAGUCAUCCCGCGGCGUCCUGGUCCAGAUGGACAAGGUUUCCAUCUCUUUCAUGAGGUGGGGGCGCUGGUCUUUGACAUUGGCUCCUUCUCAGUCCGCGCUGGGUACGCUGGAGAGGACUGCCCCAAGGCUGACUUCCCCACCACGGUGGGGCUGCUGGCCGCGGAGGAGGGGGGCGGGCUGGAGUUGGAGGGGGAGAAAGAGAAGAAAGGGAAGAUCUUCCACAUCGACACCAACGCCCUGCAUGUGCCUCGGGAUGGAGCGGAGGUCAUGUCGCCCCUCAAGAAUGGCAUGAUUGAGGACUGGGAAUGCUUCCGUGCCAUUCUGGAUCAUACCUACAGUAAACACGUCAAGUCUGAGCCCAACCUGCACCCAGUGCUCAUGUCUGAGGCCCCGUGGAACACACGGGCCAAGCGGGAGAAGCUGACAGAGCUGAUGUUCGAGCAGUACAACAUUCCUGCCUUUUUCUUAUGCAAGACGGCUGUGCUCACCGCCUUUGCAAACGGACGUUCCACGGGCCUGGUGCUGGACAGUGGGGCCACCCACACCACAGCCAUCCCAGUACAUGAUGGCUAUGUCCUGCAACAAGGCAUCGUCAAGUCUCCCCUGGCAGGGGACUUCAUCUCCAUGCAGUGCCGGGAGCUCUUCCAGGAAAUGGCCAUCGAUAUCAUCCCACCUUACAUGAUUGCAGCAAAGGAACCCGUACGGGAGGGCGCCCCUCCGAACUGGAAGAAGAAGGAGAAGCUACCCCAGGUUUCCAAGUCCUGGCAUAACUACAUGUGCAACGAGGUGAUUCAGGACUUCCAGGCCUCUGUGCUGCAGGUCUCAGACUCUCCCUAUGAUGAGCAGGUGGCUGCACAGAUGCCCACAGUGCACUACGAGAUGCCCAACGGCUACAACACAGACUACGGUGCGGAGCGGCUCCGCAUUCCAGAGGGCCUGUUUGAUCCCUCCAAUGUCAAGGGCCUGUCGGGGAACACCAUGCUGGGUGUGGGCCACGUGGUGACCACCAGCAUCGGCAUGUGUGACAUCGACAUCCGCCCGGGCCUGUAUGGAAGUGUGAUCGUCACCGGUGGGAACACGCUGCUCCAGGGCUUCACGGACAGGCUCAAUCGAGAACUUUCCCAGAAGACCCCGCCGAGCAUGCGGCUGAAACUCAUCGCCAGCAACAGCACCAUGGAGCGCAAGUUCAGCCCCUGGAUCGGGGGCUCCAUUUUGGCCUCACUGGGCACUUUCCAGCAGAUGUGGAUCUCCAAGCAGGAAUAUGAGGAGGGAGGGAAGCAGUGCGUGGAGCGGAAGUGCCCCUGAGGGCGCCCCCUCAACACCCACACGUCCUCCUGCCGCGCGCCGUCCGCCGAGGUGGGGUAGGGGACGCCAAAGGCGGGGAGAGGGUUUCCCGGCUCGGCCUCCGCCGGCGCAGAUCAAAACCCCCACCCUCCAAGCCCUCGUCUCUACCCCUCCCUUCUCGUCCGCUUAGAUUGUGAUGUUUCUGGGUUGAAAGGAGUAAAAAUGUUUUAAGAAAACAAA